AUGGACGUAAUUAACAUCGGUGAAAUAAAAGAUGGCGACCAACCGAGGCCCCUUUUAAUUAUGGAGGCGCCACCUAUACUUGAAGUGUGUAAACAAAAAUUUGAAGGCAAUAAAAAGAAGAGGAGGCGCGGGAAAUCUAAACGAAAAAUAAUGAAACCAUUUCCCAAAAUCCCUUGGCAAGAACGGAGAAAGAACGACCAAACUAAAAGGAAUAAUAGAUUUCGUAAAAUAGUAUUGGCUAAAACACACGCACCUUUUAACAACAAUCAGUUUCUAAUGGAAAUUCAUAAACCGGUACCUGAAGAUAAUUUCCAUAAUUUAAGAACACCAUCUGCACGCACUCGCGAUUCCAGUUUUAGCGUUGAUUCCGAAGAUAAUUAUUUUUAUUCAUUACCAGAAGAUGAAGAAGAGUACUUGACAAAGGAAUUUUCAAGUGUUUAUGAAGAUGCACAAAGUGAACGUUUAUCCAAUAUGUCGAAAAACGAGCUAAUUGAAGAAUAUCUCUUACUUGAAGCAAAAUAUGAUAAUCUUGUAAAAAGAACCGAACGUUCUAAGGCAAAAGAAGUGGAGUCGGAAAAUGCUAACAUAACGGAUAAAGACACAUCUAUUACAGACAAGGACAGCAUGCUCACUGAUCCAGACACAUCUGAAGCUUCAAUUGCCUCUGGUUCCAUGGAUGGGUCUUCAGUUGCGGAUUUAAUGCAACGCCUUAAAGAACAGGAAGGACAAAUUCGUGAACUUCAGGUGGCAAAUGAAAAGUUAAGGUUGGAGAAUGAACAUUUGCGUCAACACUCGCAAGAUUCUAGUGAAGAUUCUGAAACUGAUAGUUCAUCCAGUUCAGAUAGUGACAGUAGCUCAAGCCACAGUGAUAGCCCUGGCUCCGAGUUACCCAUUACUGAUUGUGAAAAUUUACCAGUUGAAAAUGAAGAUCAAACAAAUGGUGUCCAAGAAGUAACUGAAGACUUGCAGUCUACUCACCCAGUUGUCAAUGGUUUCCAUAGUCCAAGUGAAUAG